AUGAAGUGGUUGAGUCGCCUGUUCUACACCACGGAGGAUGCCAUGAAGGGACCUGAGGCAGCCAGCCAUGACGGCCUAUUACCAGAUGAGAGAGAAUUUCAACAUGCAGCUAAAAUGAACAAUUUGGAAACCAUGGAAAAGCUCUUUAAAAGGAAUGUUAACAUAAAUGCUGUAGAUACCCUAAAGCGCACCGCAAUCCAUUUUGCUGUUGCGAGAAAUCAUAUAUCGGCAGUGGACUUUCUUCUCCGUCACAAAGCUAGACUUGAUAUGGCAGAUCAGCAUGGCCUGAUGGUGAUUCAUCUUGCAGCUUGGACUGGAAAUCUGGAUAUAAUGAGGAAAUUAGUUAAAGCGGGCGCUGAUCAAAAGGCUAAGAAUGAGGAAGGAAUGAAUGUUCUGCACUUUGCAGCUCAGAACAACAGCGUUAAAAUAGUUGAUUAUUUACUCCAAGAUCUUCAUUUGAAUGACUUGAACAAGCCUGAUGGGAAAGGUAAAAAGCCAUUUCUUCUGGCAUCUGAAAAAGGCCAUGUUGACAUGGUAAACUAUCUGACUACUCUGAAGCUGUUUACAUCUGAAAAAGAUAAGGAGGGAAACACAGCAUUGCAUCUAGCAGCCAAAAAUGGUCACAGCAAAGUUGUAGAAAUCCUUCUUGAGCAGUGGGAGGAAAUAAAUGAGCCCAAUCAGAAUGGAGAAACUCCAUUUUAUCUGGCUGUUGAGGAAGGCCAUGAAAAAUGUGCUGAACUCUUACUGGGAGCAGGGAGUGACAUCAAUGUUUUAACUCAGAACAAUAGCAGCGCUUUGCAGAUUGCAGUUCAGAAUGGCCAUCUAUCCUUGGUUAAUUUUCUCAUUGAUAAGAAUAUUGACCUGGUCCCUAAACCUGAGCAGAAGAACUCCCCUCUCCAUUUAGCAGUCAUCAAUAAUCAUCUACCAAUAGUAAAAAGCCUUUUGGAUGCUGAUCAUCACAUAAACUCUUUAAAUCACAGGAAGGAAACUCCUCUACACCUGGCAGCUGAUCUUGGCAAUGUGGAGCUGGUCGAAGUGCUGCUGAAGGCAGGCUGCGAUCUCAAGAUUGUCGAUAAGCAUGGAAAAACUGCAUUAGCUGUAGCAUCAAGGAGCAGCCAUGCCCUCAUUGUAGAUAUGAUCAUUAAAGCAGAAAGGUAUUACGCCAUGAAACAGGAACAUCUAGCUCGUAGUGAUGGGCCAGGAUUUGACUUGUCCUUCAAACAAGAUCACAGUACACACACCAAGCAAAUCCGUUCCUCCCUUUGGAAUCUAGCAUACAACCAGUUAAAACCUCAGGAAUGGAAAAAAAUGGCCCUCUUCUGGAAGUUCACAGAUGAACAAAUUAAAGCUAUUGAAGAACAAUGGACAGGGAAAAACAGUUAUAAGGAACACGGAAACAGGAUGCUGCUCAUCUGGUUACAUGGUAUAUUGCUGGCUCAUCAGAAUCCUGUCAAGCACAUCUAUGAAGAUCUGGUGAAAGCAGGAUUUCAGCCUUUGGCUGAGAAGAUCAGAACUGCAAACAGCACUGACAUGGACUCCAGAACAUGCAGAGUUUUGUGA